ACCUCAAGUGAUCCACCCACCUUGACUUCUCAAAGUGCUGGGAUUAUAGGUGUGAGCCACUGCACCUAGCCCCAUUUCUUCACUUUGAAAGGGAAUGUAUCACCCCUUGGUAAAGCUGUUGAGGUCAACCCAGCAACCUAAGAGAAGUGCCGACUCGGUGUCUGGUACAGAGUUGGUGCACUUUAGGGACAGGACCCAGUGCUUUCUUCCCCAGCCAUCUUCAGGACUCGCCAGCUGUGGGUGCAUGUGGGGAGGCAUCAAUGCUAGUGUCUCACUCUCUCCGUGGUCCACGCCUCCUGCCCCCCAGGGACAGGCUCUGGGAAUGCCUCCUGUUCAGAACUGGCCCCCAUUCUCCCACCUGCUUGCUGGGCCUCUGCUGUCCCAAGCUGCCCAGUGUCCCUUCUUACCUUCUGUCCUGAGUCUUAUCAGGGCUGCCAGGCCUCGGCUGCUCUGAACGUGCCCUGGCCCCAUGGUGCUGAUCCUUGCCCAUCUGCUCUGGCCACCCAUGCUCUCGGUCCUCCCCGUGGACAGCUUGGCAGUCCCUUGUCAAAAGGGCAAGAUCUCCCUCCUUUCCUGCGUGCUGGGCCCUUUCUGAUGAGAGCUACACUUCCUCUCCUCUGGUGCCCAGAGGUGGGGGUGUGGCUGGGCCUGGGCCAGGGCAGUUUAAUCCUGUGACCCCAGUGGACACCGUGACACCUCUCCAACCUUCGGUGUCUGGGGAUGGUUCAUGCCAAAUGCCUGCUGUUGCCUGAUGCUGCCACCCACCCAAGAGCCCUGGAGGGUGCUGCACAGCUCACCAUUGUGGCAGCUGGGUUGAGAAUGCGAUCUUAAUCCCUAUUGUGGAUGCCGCUAGAGGUUGCCCCUCAGCUCCUUCAGGCACCUCCUGGAUGCCCCUGAAAAUCGGUAGUGUUAAAAUAUUUCCAUGAAGUCAGGGACUAGGGAGAAAGGUGCCUCUUUAAGCCACAUGUCAGACUUUGUGAAUCUCAGCUCGAGAGCGGCUGCACCUCCAGUCUUUCCUUUAUGCUGAGGGUUUUAGAACCAGCGACAGACACCUGAGGGCAGGUGCAAGGGGCAUCAGGAGCUCUGAAUUGUCUGUUCUUUAUCAGACUUCUGCACCGCCCAGAGCGGGGGAAACCCUUUCUUCUGGGACAGUGUGAGCCUGGGCACGUGUAUAGUGCAACCCCUUGAGUUCCUGCGUACGCUUCUAACGUCAUCUGGAUGUCCUCGGACUCCAAAUUUAGCACUCCUCCAUCCACACACAUAAGAAGAUUUGUGGAUUUACAUUCUUUUUGUGAGGCUGUGAAUAUGAAAACGUACUCGCCUCCUUCUCAUGUGACCCUAAUCCUGUUAAUCGUGUUUCUCUGGGGCACUUCUCCACACUGCCUUCUCUGAGCCACUAUUUGUGCUUCAGGGGAAUCUUUUUUCCCCCAAGUUCCUCAGCAAAGGAACAAGCAAGAGGCACUAAGCUGCAAAGAGGAAGAUUUGCAGGCACAUCGAAGGGUUCUCCCAGCCUGCUGGCCCUCCUGGGCUGUGGGGGAAAUGGGCAGGAAUCAAUGCAGAAAGGAGGAAGGAAGGACACAGAGACUCCCAAGGAAACCGGCUUCCCAAGUCACCUUUGCGGAGGCUGGGCCACUCUCUAGACUCCCACAGGGUGUCCUGUGGCCCCUCUCCAGUCCAGUCGCCAUGUGCCGGUUGUUGUCACUACUGUCUGCUGCUCAAAAGCCAGCCGGGCUCCCCCUUGCCUUCAGUCCCCAAGUCCAUGUUCCUCAGGACUUCCCCAAUGCAGCUCCACCCACAGCAGCCACUCUGAAGGGCGUCUUGUUUUCGAUAACCAUAUCACUGUCUCCAUCAUCACCACCAUGUGCGUUUUGGGGCACAGGCCUGGCUUACCCCUCCCUCCACCCUCCCCGUCAGUGCUAAGCCCCCUGUCUCCACCGCCACCUGCUUCACACAGCCUCCCUCUCCCUUUGGUUGUCAUUUACCUGCCACUUGUGGAUCACAAAGGUGCUUGGCGUCAUGUCCUAGGAGGCACUGGUUCCUCAUGAGCAGAUUUAUGCAUGUGAACCACCCUGGGCUGGGUCCUGGAGCUGGCCUAGUCUGUGGCUUCACUAUCUAGCCGUGAAGAUAUGCACGCCGCCAGCUGUGUUCUUGAAGCAUUGCAGGCAUGCUUGUGUACCUGGGUGAGAGGGAUGGCAGUGGAGCCUGGAAGAGCAGCCUCAGGAAAUCAGCCCUCACCCUCCCUAGCCACGUGACCCGGAGUAAGCUACUGGUGCCCAAGGGCCUCAGCAUCCCCGUCUGUAAAAUGGGAUUAUGGUGUCACCUCCUUCGUAGGACCUGGAGAUGCCCAUUUCCCACUCUAGCUAGCCUCUAAAAAGCUGCAUAGCCUCUCAGAGCCCAAUUUCCUUCUCUGCCAGAAGAGCAGAUGCCUGCCUGAGGAGCCACUGGGCACUCUAGCCAGGCAACCACAUAAAGGAAAUGUGUCAGAUAUGGAUAGGUCAGGCGUGCACAGAAAAGGUGGGGAUGUGGCAGAGAUGGGGAGGAGAAGCAGACCAGAGGCCACUAGAUUUAGUUAGAUACUUCAUGGGCUUUUGUCUGCAGGAUUAUAAAACAAUGAGGAUUCUUUGAUAUUUAAGCCCAGCAGGAGUCAGAGAACAACAGGCAAGGACAGAGCAGAUCAAACUCCAAGAGGGGCUCAGGAGUGGGUGGUGGUCAAACCACAGGCACUGAUUGGAGCAGCCGUGGGCAGGCUAAAGGGACCUUGCCCUCUGGCUCUGCUGGUGUUGAUUACAUCUCUAUGGGAGGGGCUGGUGCUGUCAUCAGACAGCCUGGGGGGCAGGCUGCUUGGGGUGUCCCCCUGAUGGGACGUGGAAUGUGUGGAGCUUGGCUGAGUGGUGCAAGGGAGCUCCUGGUGCCACCCCUGCCAAAGACGCUAUCAGUGUCUCGAGCCUGACAACGAAGUGUCCGGAUGGAUGACAGACAACCUUCUGUGUCUUCAUCAAGCUGGCCGUGUAACCGCCAUGUCUCUUGCAACAGCAUGGGAAAGACAAAGCCCUAAUUAAGGAUCAUCAGAAACCACAGUUGGAGGAGGACGGCAGAGACAGCUUCUGGCCCUGCUAUACCAAGACCCUUCCUUCGAGGUCCCCGCUCCUGAGGGACCCUGGACUGUCACAGAGAUUAAUUACCCCUUAGCUUCUUUGAAUGGGAAAGGAAAUCACUGGGUAAAGCUUUAUCAGGAGACAUUAUCAGCUCUUGAAGGAUUGCAGAAGAAUAGGCUACUUUAUUUUCUGAAAAGGGAAAUAGAUGCAAGCAAAGCCAACACGCCACUAAUGGCCUUCAUCUGCUACACAGUGGUGUCUGGGACACUCUGGGGGUCGUCCCCCAGUGGGAGUGAAGUUGAGUUUUACGGCCCUUGAGUCCUCCCUUGGAAUUCCUGCCAUCCCUUCUGAUCGAGCCUCCACCUCUGGGAUUUUUCUGCCGUAUUUCUCCUCUCUUAGGAGGGAGUUCCUCCCGUCCAUCGCAGGGAGGCCGCCACCAGGACAGCGAGGAUGGUGACCCUGCGGAAGAGGACCCUGAAAGUGCUCACCUUCCUCGUGCUCUUCAUCUUCCUCACCUCCUUCUUCCUGAACUACUCCCACACCAUGGUGGCCCCCACCUGGUUCCCCAAGCAGAUGGUCCUGGAGCUCUCCGAGAACCUGAGGAGGCUGAUCAGGCCGAGGCCCUGCACCUGCACCCACUGCAUCGGGCAGCGCAAGCUCUCGGCCUGGUUCGACGAGAGGUUCAACCAGACGGUGCAGCCGCUGCUGACUGCCCAGAACGCGCUCCUGGAGGACGACACCUACCAAUGGUGGCUGAGGCUCCAGCGAGAGAAGAAGCCCAAUAACUUGAACGACACCAUCAAGGAGCUGUUCCGAGUGGUGCCUGGGAACGUGGACCCCCUGCUGGAGAAGCGGUCGGUGGGCUGCCGGCGCUGUGCCGUUGUGGGCAACUCGGGCAACCUGAGAGAGUCUGCAUAUGGGCCUGAGAUAGACAGUCACGACUUUGUGCUCAGGAUGAACAGGGCGCCCACGGCAGGGUUUGAGGCUGACGUCGGGACCAAGACCACCCACCAUCUGGUGUACCCUGAGAGCUUCCGCGAGCUGGGGGACAAUGUCAGCAUGGUCCUGGUGCCCUUCAAGACCAUCGACUUGGAGUGGGUGGUGAGCGCCACCACCACGGGUGCCAUUUCCCACACCUACGUCCCGGUCCCUGCCAAGAUCAGAGUGAAACAGGAUAAGAUCCUGAUCUACCACCCGGCCUUCAUCAAGUAUGUCUUCGACAACUGGCUGCAAGGCCACGGGCGGUACCCAUCCACCGGCAUCCUCUCUGUCAUCUUCUCAAUGCACGUCUGCGAUGAGGUGGACUUGUACGGCUUCGGGGCAGACAGCAAAGGGAACUGGCACCAUUACUGGGAGAACAACCCGUCCGCGGGCGCUUUUCGCAAGACGGGGGUGCAUGAUGCAGACUUCGAGUCUAACGUGACGGCCACCUUGGCCUCCAUCAAUAAAAUCCGGAUCUUCAAGGGGAGAUGACGCAGCGAAGGGUUGAGGAUGGACACACCGUCAUGCCUCUGUGUUUCCAGCCCAGCACCUUGCCGGAGCCGUUCCACCCCAGAGCUUGGAGGGCCAGCCUCAGCUAUGUGCCCCGGCGCCACCUGCAGCCUCUUGCACCCAGCCAUUGGCAGCAUCUACUCAGCAAGGUCACUGAGCUCUGCCAACAUGGCAGAGCACAUCUCAGAACCUGUCUUGGGCGGGGACAACGUCCCCCCACUGCUGCCCCAGAGCUGGGGAAACGCUGGGAAAGGUUCAGCCUCCACACACUAAAUCUCUUUGCCUCCUGGGGCGGGCUUGGGGAACACAUGUGGAAGACAUCCAUAUUCUGAGAUACAGGGUGGUUUUCCAAGGACGGUGGGCAGAGAGACUUGAGUGGCAAUUACCUCCGGCACAGAGACACGCCGGGCGGUGUUGGCGCUAGGGGCGAGAUGCUGCCCUUCUUUGCACGAAGCCUGGCCUCUUGCUUGGCAUGAUAACCCUGUCAUCUUCUUCCCAAAACUCAUUUUUGAGCCACCAGAUGCUCCUACCCCAAAGAUUUUCACAGAAACUUGAGGCCAGGUGCCAUGGCUCACACCUGUAAUCCCAGCAUUUUGGGAGGCCAAGGUGGGAGGAUUGCUUGAGUCCAGGAGUUCAAGACCAGCCUAGGCAACAUCGUGAGGCUUCUGUCUCUACAAAAAUAAAAGAUUAAAAAAAAAAUUAGCCAGGCAUGGUGGCACACACUUGCAGCCCCAGCUACUAGGGAGGCUGAGGAGGGAGGAUCUCUUGUGUGUAGGAGUUCGAGGCUGCAGUAAGCUGUGAUCACACCAUGGCACUCCAGCCUGGGCAACAAAGUGAGACCCUGUCUCUGAAAAACAAAAGAAAGAAAAAAUAACAACUUGGUGCCGUGUUUCUGACUCCUACAGAUGCCUCUUCUUACGCAGAUAUUCCUCUGAGUAGUCAGUCUCGUGGUUCUAAUUGUGGCGAGAGCGAAUCUGACCACUCCCAUGUGCCUUUGUAUUUGGGGAAGAAACACACGCAUUGGCUGAAGUGAGGCAAAAGCUCCCCCUUGGGAAAAGGGACCUGCACCGGCGGCCCCACUUGCUCUGUGGCUGGGAUCAUCUCUUCUGGUUUCAGGUGUCAGCAUCUGAAUUGGAACAGAGCUCUGAGGAUAUCAGCACCACCCACGAGCGCGUCAGAAUGGAAUGUAGGUUUUCAUUCUCAGACUGUGCAGUACGGUGCCCGGAACCUCCAGGGCCACACAGGAGACCUCCAACAGCAUUUUCCCCGAGGGCCUGGGCUCAGGGUCAAGUCCCUGCUGGCCAUCGUGGGGCUGUCACUGGGGUCUGGGCCGGGGACAUCCCAGGAAUUGUGACUGGCACAUACCUCAUCUUCUCAUUCCCCAGCUACUCUCUUUUCCUCGUUAGCCUUCCUGAUUAUUUAUUGAUUUUUUUUUUUUUAAUUCAACUGACAUUGUUUGCACCCUGGCUCUGCUGGUGGUGCCGGUGUUUUAGUGAAGUUUGCCUCACCCAGUGGCUGGGAAAUGGGGGAGCUAAGGGAGUUUUGUAGGAGUCCUCAGACUUGGGAUAUGGGGGCAUCUAGGGUUUGGAUGGUUUGUGGAAUGUCCGCAGCAUCCUCGCGUUCUAACCCAACCUUCCUUCUUCCUUGUAGUGGACUUGGAUUCGUUCUCAGGCUCGGAGUCUCCAAAACUCCGUGAAACCUUAUUGCUGCUGGGUGGAGAGUGGAGAGCGACAGGCGUGCAGGGACAGUGAUGGUUGGCUCCAGUUACUAAAGUUUAAGCAGAAACACCACUUUUCUUGCUGAAAAUAUCUCUGAAAAGGCUGCUGCUGCUUUGAGGGGGCAUGACCUUUUCCUGGUGGUAUGAAGGAGGCGGGGAGCCCCCUCUGCACACUGGGAGGGAGGAGCUUGAGAGUAUCAGUCGUGGGUCACAGGUGGCUUCAGGCCAUUCACAAGAGUCCCUAGAAGUUGCAUGCCAAGUUUGUUUUUUUUCCCUGAAUCUCUUCAUAUGAGCAUUUUUCUGGAGAGAGGUUCCAUAGCUUUUAUUGGGUUCUCAAAGGUUCAGAAUGUGGAGUGUGUUAGACAAACAAAAAACCUGUUUCAGCUUUAAAAUCCUCCAAACUUUAAGACUACUUUUUUUUUCUGAGAAAGGCUGGUAAGUCGCUGAGUCAUCAUUCAGGACAUGCAUCCUCGAAGGGCAGAGCUCACGGCCAUAUAUGACGUGAAGAACUCAGCAAACGUUUGUUGAGUGGCCGAGUAACCCCAGGGUCGGACUCCAGAUAAUCAGACACUGAUACAGAGAGCAAUGCUGUCUCCUGAGCUCUUGCAGAAAAACUCUGAAAACAAGUAAAAGGAAACCAAAGGCUGAGUCUAUAUAGGGAUGACAGGCUCAGGCUGAGCAAUUGAAUUCUCUGGGUUUUGCCGUGUAAGAACAGUUUCCUCAAAAUGAAGAUGUGUGUGUGUCUGAGCCAGGCGCUGCCUGGGUCAGUCAUCUGGCCUUCAUCUGUUCUCCCUCCCUCCCUCUAGGAUGGUCAAGCUGUGAGAUCUCUUCCAGCCUCCAAACCUAGCUCUCCCAUUUUACUGAUGAGAAAAUCAAGGCCACAUUGCAGCUGGGUGUGGGGUGGAGAGUGACAGGCACAGAGGACAGUAAUUGUUGACUCUAGUUACUGAUGUUUAAUCAGAAAAAAACAGUUUUCCUGUUGAGCACAUUUGCGAAAAGGCUGCUGCUGUACUGGGAGGUGUGGCCUUUUCCUGCUGGAGUGUGAAAGGGGAAGUGACGGGCAGUCGUGAACUGUCUGGGACAGAUAGCACAAGUCCGAGUUUGAGCAAAAACAGGGUGUUCCUGGCGCUAUGUUUAAAUUGUCUGGAGGUGGGCUUUCCCCGUGAGUCUCCGUUCAGCAUCUCGAAAAAGUGUAACCAGAAUGGGGUGCCUCAGUCUCCCGUGCUAGCUUAGCACUGAGCUCUGUCCGCAGGCUGCCAGGGUGGCCUCCAGUGCAGGAGAACGCAUUUCCCUUUCCCAUAGCCCAGCAGACAACUCCUAUGUUUCAUUGGCUUAACAAUGGGCACUUAAUGGAAUAAAAGCAAGUUGUUGCGGCCAGAUUUAAAUGCACCAGUUUGGCUUAAACCAGCUGGAACUCAUACCUGGGGUGCAGGCGGCUGGGAAUUAGACAAGAGUGUAUGUCAGACAAAGGGCACCAUGCAUGCUGUCAGCAGGAGAACCAGGAGAACUCGUAUUGGGCAGGCAGCGGCAGAAGGCUCCCUCGGCCCCUGAAUCCCAGCUUAUGGCUCUUUCUACUCCAGGCAGAGUUCCUUGGAGACCAGCCCUGAGCUCAGGCAGGGAGCAGGGGCAGUCCCUGAGCUCAGGCAGGGAGCAGGGGCAGUCCCUGAGCUCAGGCAGGGAGCAGGGGCAGUCCCUGAGCUCAGGCAGGUAACAGGGGGGUCCCUGAGCUCAGGCAGGGAGCAGGGGGGGGUCCCUGAGCUCAGGCAGGGAGCAGGGGGUUCCCUGCCUGCAGCACCCAGAGCUGAACCUGAAGCUACAAAGAUGGGCUGACGAGCCAGCCCAUGGGGGCUCCCCAGUGAGUCAGGGUUCUGAUUUGCUAUAACUGGAGCUGCAUGCACCUCCCCUCCCCUCAGCCACUUUUUAGGGGAGAAAGGAGGGCAGGUUUGUAUAGGGCCUUGCAGGGAUCCUGGGCUGGAAGAAAGUUCAUAAAUGGAUGAAUCCCUUUUAAAACUGUGGCUUUUCCAAGCAUCAUUCAGCAAAGCAUUUGGCUAGGCUUAGAGAGGAAAGCCAGGUAUGAGGAAAUAGAACGUAAAAUAGGAAAAAGAAAAGAAGAAGGUGGAAAGGGCAGUUAAGAUCUGAGUGAUCCUUUAGGGAAAGGGCUGGUUGAGAGGCUUAGAUGGAAUCCCAUUCUCUGCUGUGGCCAGAAGGCAGUGCUAGAGUCUGGUCCCACCUGGAUAUGACUCUGGUCUCUUGGCAAAGGUGGACUCAAACUACAGAGAACAUUUAGAACGGGGAUGUUUGCUUUUAAGUAGUCUGAAAACAAGUGAAAGGGAAACCAAAAGAACUCACUCGCCGUCACCCGGCUAGGAUCAAAAAGACUUUGUGCAGGGAAGCCCAAGCUCCAAGGGGCCACGGUCCAGCUAAAGAUGACGGGACACCAGCCACGCGCCACCAGGAACCAGCACCUGUCCUCACCCCUAGGAAGAACCCCAGGGGUAUCAUUAUAUCCAUCGUGGACAUCUGGUUUGCAGCAAAUGUGGCUCCAUGCCACCAGGAUCAUCCUGCCCUGUGGACUGGGCUAGGCAGUUUGAGAUGGAGUCCACGUCCCUCUUUGUCGUAACAACACCAGCUCCUCCCCUCGGUUGCUGCCUGACACCUGUGCAAAGAAAAGGAGGAAGACUUCAAAGAAAAGGCGGAGACAGACAAGGCAGCAUCUCACAGCUUGUCAGUAUCAGGGCAUUACCGACUUUGUUUUCUCACCAAAAGAGCACUGAAUUUCCUAGGGGCAGUGAGCCGCCUUUACACCUUCUGUUCUCCCUCCCAGCCCCUCAGGUGACCCCAUCACCCAGCCUCAUCACUCAGCUCUUCCUAGUACAAAACUGCCAUAGGUUGCACGUCCUGAGCUGUGGGACGUCAGCUUUAACCCCAGCCCCUGUCAGCGCCUCCCCCUCCAGCCCCCUGCCCCUUAGGGUGGUCGUGGGUUCCUCCCCUUCCUGCUGCACAGUCACUUCCCUUCACUGAAUUCCCCUCAAAGCCAAAGUUUCUUGAGCACUUUUUCUUCUGUGCAGUCUUGUGUGUGUGGCUGUUGGUGUUUUAAAAGUUGCUUUUUAUUCCCCCCACCGCCCUGCCUCUCUCCCUGUCGUUGCAAAGCUGAGCACUGGUUGGGAUGCAUUCGAAUGACGUUAGCAAGACCCUGCUUUCCUCAACCCCCGCUCUGUUUUAUUUAUUGUUGAAUAUUUCCAAUGAUCCAAAUCAAAGAGAAUAAAAGGAAGAGCUAUUUUAUUGU